AUGAUCACGGAGGUUUUGCGUGAGAUGAAAGGGUUUUCUCCUUCGUCGCCGCCGCCGGAGGUGCCUCACGCCCUUCGACGAGAAUCCUUCUCUUCGUCUCUGCUCAUGGCUUCGUCCUCGACCUCUAUCGUUGUUCCUCCUCCUUCUGUUCCGCCAGAUCUGCUUUUUCUUCAUCCCCUAGAUCCAGUCUCUCCGUCUGGGUUUGUCACCGCCUCACUAUCCCCUUCGUGCCCUCCUUCAAGGAAUCAGCUAGCUCCAAUUGAUGUAGCUCACAUUCCAGCGGAAGCUUCUGAUCCAAAGAUUAAUUUGAAAGAUUCGUGGGUAUCUAAGGUCAGAGCGACCUUUCAACCUCUUAGCAAGAUCGCUUCACCUACCUUUACUGAGGAUGGAACACCAUCAAUUCGAGCCCCGGAUUCGAUUACUCUUGGAUCCUCAAUCCUUUGGAAAGAUCAUCUGGUUGCUUUUUUCCAUGGAACUCCUCCGUCUACAGCAAAGAUUUUCGCAGAUCUCAACCCGAUUUGGGGAAAGAAUGGGCAAAUUACGGUGAAACACCACUCGGAAGACAUUUGUAUGAUCUAUGUUCCUUGUUCAGCUACUAGACAGUGGGCGCUUGACGUUGGAUUCUGGCAUUUGGGGAACUGCUCUUUCACAUUAGCUCUCUGGACGCCUUCCCUCGACCUUUCACCUAUGAAGCUAGUUCAAGCACCGCUAUGGGUCCUCUUCAAGAAAGUUCCGCCAGAGCUCUGGUCUAUCGAUGGUUUCAGUACAAUUGCUUCAGGAGUGGGUAACCCUGUUCAUUCAGAAUUCUCGGCUCUCAAACCAUAUACUAAUGGUAUUAUCAAGCUCAAGGUUAUUAUCGAUCUAGAGAAGAAGAGACCUCCUUCUGUCAAGGUUACCGACAACUUGGGAAACUCGGUCACUGUUAUUGCGGAAUAUCCUAGGCUUCCCCCAAAGUGUAAUAGAUGCAAGGAAUUUGGUCAUCUGGAAUUGAGGUGUCCCUUAGCUCGUUCCACCCGAGACAUUCCCAAACCAGGUGAUUUCAUUGGUCCCUUGCAAGAAGAACCUCGUCCCCCCCAGAUUUCUCUAGAGAAUGGAGUACGAAAGGAUUCUCCUGGAACCAAGUCGGCAAGCGCGCCUGUCUCUCCUACAGUUGCUGCUUCAGGCGGAUUAGUUCGGUCCACAAGUUUAACCCACUUCCCUCGAUGCUCCUCCUUGGAUCCUUCUUCAGGAGGGUGGCUCCGUACUGUUAAAAGAUCCAAAGUGCGAUUAGAUGUUUCCUCCCAUCCCGGUUCCGUGGGGAUUCGUUCAAAGCUUCCAGUCACUGAGUCUCAGUUUGCAGAGGAAGAGGAACUUAUUAACGAGGCCCAAGCGAUUAUCCGCAGACGUAUCUCGGUCCUCAAAGCAGCCUCUCCAAAGAAAAAAUCCACAGCUUUAAGAAGGAAUGCCAGAAAAAUCCAGAGACAGAAGCAGCUUCUAUUAUCUUGCUCUGAGCCUGAUGGUGUGGAUAUAGAAACGUCAGUAAGGUCCUCUUCGGAAUCUGUAAAUACUUUAACUUCAGCUGUAGGCGGACGGGCACUUCCGUGCUUUGUCCCUCCUGUCUUAGAUUAG